CCUCCUCCAGCCAAACAUUCGGAGAUUAAAAAACGAAAUAACACAAACAGCGUCUGGAGCGAGCGGCCCCCCUGGAGGCGGCCUCGUCCGCCUCCAACCUCACGUCCAACUUGGCCGUGCGAAUGUGUAACAAGGGCGAGGAGGCCAUCAGCGUCAGCGUCAUUCACAAGAGCCAGGCGCACAUUCUGCCGACGCCGAACUCGCCCUCCUACAUGGGCCAGGCGUCGACGGUCUCCAGCCUUGGCAGCAGCUCCUUGCAGCCGGUCACCAUUCUGCAGGUGGCUUUUGUGAGCACAAGUGGCAGGUCGUAUUUCGUGGUUGCCUCCACUUUCGGCGUGCAGAUAUUUGACGAGGGCGGGUCGGUGAUACUCUUCUCGUAUGACAUCUCGAAAAGCCCGGUCACCCCAGACAACCCCGACGCCAGCAGCGCGCCUUACGCGGUGGGAAUUGCAAAAUUAUCCACCAGACCAGACACGGCUUUCAUAUGCGUUGGAGCCAGCAGUGGUGGAAUUUUGGUUCUGAGCGCCGUCGGCCUGGACAUUUGUUUCUGCUCAAAAGCCCAGAACCACGAUUACAGCGUCACUUGCCUGGCUGGUCUGGACCGGACGCUCGUGUCAGGAGACACCUCCGGCACCGUCAUGAGCUGGAAAAUCGACGACAAAGGCAAACUCACGCGCACCUCGUUCAUCCGCGGGCCAAACUGGAGUUGCACCUGUCUGUGCAUGUAUUACGACCGAAGCGAAAAGGCGAUGGCCGUGGCCGCCUUCGGCAGUGGCCACCUGCGCAUCUACGAGGCGGCCAAUCUUGCGUUGCGGGCCGAGGUGGCUGCACAUUCGCGCUGGAUCACCGGCCUGGACGUGGCUGUGAAAGCAAAGUUGCUCGUUUCGUGUAGCGAAGAUUCAAUUUUCAGUGUCUGGCAACUGCAUCCUGACGAAAAAACACCAAUCGACUACUUGUGCAGCACUUCAGUGUCCAGUCACAAGCUGGUUGGCGCCAGAUUUCUAAAUUCUGAGGGCAACUCACUUUGCCUCAGCUCAUUUGAAAGCGAUCUUUUACACUGCUAUAAUUUGGUAUUUUAACCUACUCCAUAUGUGUUAUUUUUUAUUGUUCUUCUUUCACCAAUAAAGUA